CUGUUCAGUGGUGGUGGCCCACUGGCUAUCUUCAGCGGAGGCUAACACAAUGCACACAAAAACCGCUAACACGGUAACAAUGGUGUUUGGGAAGGCUGGAACCUCAAGGUAGAAGAAGAAGAAGAAGAAACAGAAGAAAUGUUAGGGUUAGGGUGCUUUAACCUCAAUCGAUUCUCUCACUUUCCCUCCUCUCCUGCUCUACCACCUUCUCGUUCGGAUUUGCUCAAGAUUGCGUCUCGGAGAUUCGCUUUAUCAGUGACCAAGACGCAGCAAUCUCCUGCCACCAAGCCACAGUCUACGUCCACCGCUGUAAUUGAAAUAGAUAACCCGGCCAGUGUCAAAAGGCAGCUGGCCCAGCUGUUUGAAUUAUCUCUGAGGGCAACGGUGCCUGAUGAACCAGAUGUUGUGCCAUUAGUUGAUGCUUGUGCUGUUAAAGGUGGCGUAAAGUUUGGAGAUUAUCAAUGCAAUAACGCAAUGGGAGUGUGGUCUAAGGUGAAAGGAAAGCAGACAGGAUUUAGGGGUCCCCCAGCAAUUGGAGAGGCCAUACUUAACAAUCUUCCUCCAUCUGAAAUGAUAGAUUCAUGCUCUGUAGCUGGUCCGGGGUUUGUCAACGUUGUAUUGUCAAAGAAGUGGAUAGCACAGAGGGUACAGAGAAUGCUAGUUGAUGGCAUUGAUGCAUGGGCACCUCGGCUUCCAGUCAAGAGGGCUUUGGUUGAUUUUUCAUCCCCUAAUAUAGCGAAGGAAAUGCAUGUUGGCCACUUGAGAUCUACCAUUAUUGGUGAUACAUUGGCCCGUAUGUUUGAAUUUUCACGCGUGGAAUGCGUAAUCCGUAGAAAUCAUGUUGGUGACUGGGGAACACAGUUUGGAAUGCUGAUUACGUAUCUCUUUGAAAAAUUUCCAAACCCUGAUGAUCUUAGUGAAGCAGCUAUUGGAGAUCUUCAGGCUUUGUAUAAGGCUUCAAAAGUAAGGUUUGAUAGCGAUCCUGAGUUUAAGUUGAGGGCACAACAGGCAGUGGUCCGGCUCCAGAGUGGAGAAAUCAAGUAUCGCAAGACAUGGAAACAAAUUUGUGACGUGAGUAGGGCUGAAUUUGAUAAAGUUUAUCAACGUCUCGGGGUUCGAUUGGAGGAAAAGGGAGAGAGCUUCUAUAAUCCAUAUAUUCCUGGGGUAUUGGAGAAACUGGACAAUUUAGGACUGAUUGAAGAGAGUGAUGGUGCACGUGUGAUUUAUGUAGAGGGUGUAAACAUACCAGUUAUUGCUGUGAAAAGAGAUGGUGGCUACAACUAUUUUUCAACUGAUCUUGCAUCACUUUGGUAUCGUCUAAAUGAAGAAAAACUUGAGUGGAUUGUAUAUGUUACAGAUAUUGGGCAGCAGCAACAUUUUGAUAUGCUAUUUAAGGCCUACAGGCGUGCAGGUUGGUUACCAAAGGAUGAGAAUGUGUAUCCAAAAUGUACUCAUGUAGGUUUUGGUCUUGUUCUUGGGGAAGAUGGGAAACGAUUUCGGAGUCGCAGUAGUGAGGUUGUUCGGUUGGUUGAUUUACUUGAUGAAGCUAAAAGACGCUGUAGAACUUCCAUUCUUGAACGUGAUACAGCUAAAGAUUGGUCUGAGGAGGAGAUUGAGAAAACAUCUGAGGCAAUUGGUUAUGGAGCUGUUAAGUAUGCUGAUUUGAAGAUCAACAGAUUAACAAAUUACACAUUCAACUUUGACCAGAUGCUUAAUGAUAAGGGGAAUACUGCUGUUUAUUUGCAGUAUGCACAUGCUAGGAUCUGUUCUAUCAUCAGGAAAUCUGGUAGAGACAUAGAAGAAGUAAAAAGAAAUGGAAAAAUAGUGUUGGAUAGUGAAGAUGAACGUGCAUUGGGGCUCCAUUUGCUGCAAUUUCCUGAGGUUUUUGAAGAGACAUGCACUAAUUUGUUACCGAAUUUGUUGUGCGAAUACCUAUACAAUUUAUCGGAAAUAUUUACGAAGAAAUUCUACCCUAAUUGUCAGGUUGUUGGGUCGCCUGAGGAGACUAGUAGACUCUUGCUGUGUGAAGCAACUGUAAUUGUGAUGAGACAUUGCUUUUAUCUCCUUGGAAUUGAACCGGUAUACAGAUUAUGACCUAUAUGAAGAGGAGCUUCAUAUGCAAAUUUCUUCAUCAUACUUUUUUCUGAUACAAAAGUGUGGGAAUCUUCCGCCAAUGAUAAUUGUUGAGGCAAAUAAUUAUCCUGAUUUUUAUAACCUCUUUCUCUCUCCCAUUUUGUUAAUUGUAUUUGAGUUGUAAGUUGUAAGAAGGAAAAGCAAAUCAUUUAUAGCAAUAUUGUUGAUCCCUUGAAAUAUAUUUGGAUGAGCCAUAUAUGGUUUAACUUUGUUCCGAGAGAAAAUGAAUUUUGUGCUCUCCUGUCAA